AUGGAGCAGUUGAACCAACCGAAGCAGUGGUUGCCGCAAGAUUGCGCGCUCGUGCGCUUCGCGGAUGAUCCUGCACUUCUUCAUGGGCGAGUCGUCCUCCGAUGUUAUGGAGGAAACCUAUGCCGGGUAAUCACGCCUGAUCGCGACGUCCAGGAGACCACCCUUGAGGCGGGCAGCGUGUACACGGAAGUGAUUCGGAUGAAUGGCUCGCGACUGCCGAGGGGGAUAAAAGAGGACGACACCUAUCUUCCUAAGCACAGUGGUGAUGGAGAUUUCAAGCAUGAUGAACUUCUCCAUUUUGUUCGAGUGGCUGAUAGGGUGCCGGCCUCGGUGGAAGGACGGAGGCGGGUUACCGGCAAAGUUGAUUAUGAAGGAGCUGUUGAUGAACUUCAGGGCCCCCAUGCAAAUCCGAGAGACAAGGCCAUAUCGAAACAAGCAGUUGAACGAGCACAAGAGGAUGAAUGCUGGAUCAAGAUCUACAGUUCAAACGGGACAGGCAUCGGUGAUCAGGCUUUUCCGCCGGUGGAGUCGGCUUUGCUUGUCUGCGGCGGCGGAUUGUUCAAACUUUUCCGCGAGGCGGGGACCGAAGAGGACAUCCUUGCCAAACAAGUGCAACGAGGUGAUCUUGCAGUAUCCAUGGAGCAUGCUCGUUUGGGCGCUGGGAUCGAAACUAAGAGUGAGAAGGACGUUCGAGUACUAUCGGUGUUGUUCGACAGCGCGGAUGAGCGCUGGAGAACGAUACACGAGGCAGUUCCGGAGCUGGAAGAGGUUGAGUAUGAGGACUUUCCUCUGCAAGGGCCUCGCACUCUUUUUCGCGAUGUGCGCCAACUGCGACGUCUCGGGCUCGACUUCUGUCAACAUCAUGAGAGUUGGUUGAAGAAAAGCGGAGUUCGAGCUGGGGACCGAAGCGUUCAUGAACAUGCUUCUUUGUGUCGCGCCUUGAACUGGAUGCUUUGUUAUGAUCAGCUUAACAUAUGCGGUCUGGCUAGUGCUGAGGCCUUAAACCGCAGGCGCACGCUCAUAGAAUUUGCCCAUCAAGGCAGACCAGAGACACCAUCUUACGAAGGUGCUGAGGACAUCUUAGGGGUGAGAGAGUCUGCAGAUGGAUCGCUGAUCGACCCGGCCAUCACACAGCACGCUGCGCGCCGGGCUGCAUCUAAAGCUGAGGUCUUGAAACAGCAGAGGUGGCUGGCACUUGGGGCACCGGUGUCGGCCGCGAAAGUUUUACAGGUGCCAAUCAAUUUUCCGCACAACCACGCCAACGGCAUGGGGAUCUUCUGCCUUUGCCUAUGCCUGUGGAUGAUGGCAGAAGUUUUGAACCGGGUCUACAAGGCCCAUCUCCUUCGCCCACCUCCGGUGGACAAAGAGAGCCCUCAGGCAGCGCUUCGGCAGCUGCUGAAGAAGAAGGAGAUAGCCGGGGUCAUUGAGAAGGGUUUGGAGAACAAGUACUACAUCGACCCUGUUCUUGCACGUGACCCUCGC